CCCGACACUCACAGUCACUCCACCCCAGGCAGGUCUCCACAUGCACCCGGCUCUUCCCAUUAGAGUCGAGCUUCACUAGCUGUCCUAACCGGGCAUCUGCUGUUCCAGUGCGCUCUUCCCAGCCGCCACACCCCAGAGGCAGACGCAUCUCAGCUCCGGGUGAGCAACCGCUGGGCAGUGUUGCUGUGUGGCUGUUCCCCAGCUGCCCCACCCCAGAAGCGGCUGCCUCUCAGCUCGGGGUCUGUCCCAGUCCGACGCCCCAGCCAUGGGCAGAGCCCUGCUGCCACAGCAUGACACCGGGGAAAGGGAGCUCCCAGUUCAGGGCCCCCUCUGGAGAGCAGGGGGUCCUGCCAUGCUGAGGGUCCUGAUCCUCACCCUGCUGUGGAGGGGGUCCCUGUCCCUGGAGUCUAGUUAUUCCCUCAAGGUGCCACAGUCAGUGUCGGUGCAGGAAGGUCUCUGCGUUCUAGUCCCCUGCACCUUCACGUACCCAGCCUCUUUCGACACCGACAAUUCCUGGGCCCAGCUCUUCAGAAACUGGUACAAGGAUCAGGUUGAUGUGCACUGGGAUCUGCCUGUGGCCAGCAGUGACCCCAGCCGGGGGGUGUCGCAGGAGACCCAAGGCCGGUUCCAGCUGACGGGGGACCUGACACACGGAAACUGCUCCCUGCAAAUCAGUGAUGCCCAACGGAUGGAUGCAGGGAGAUAUUUCCUUAGAGUCGAGAAAGGAAACUUUAAAUACAGUUACCGCUCCAAUUACCAUUGCACUCACCCUACACUAGAGAUCUUGGUGCCAGAGCUGACGGAGGAGCCAGAGAUCCAGAUCACGCCGGCGUGGGGGCCACCAGGGACGCUGCUGGCUGGGGAGCCUGUGACUGUGACCUGCACAGCCCCCGGGCGAUGCUCCGGGACCCCUCCCCGAGUCACGUGGAUGGGGCCUUUCAGCGACACAGCCCGGAAUGUCUCAGCUCCACUGGCGAACGGCACCUGGACCCACAGCUCCGCACUCAGCUUCACGCCUGCCCCGGGGGACCACGGCAAAGAGCUCAUCUGCAACGUCACCUACAGCUCAGCACAGGGACCUUCCACCCGCAGAACCAUCCGGCUCCACAUUGGCUGUCUGUCCCAGCCGGACGCCCCAGCCAUGGGCAGAGUCCUGCCGCCACAGCAUAUUGCCAGGGAAUGGGAUCUCCCGGCUCAGGGUCCCCCAUGGAGAGUAGGGGAACCUUCCCCCACUGCGGCCACACUGAGGGUCCUGAUCCUCUCCCUGCUCUGGAGGGGGUCCCUGUCCCAGCAGCCCGGAUUUACCCUGACGGUGCCGCAGUCGGUGUCGGUGCAGGAGGGUCUCUGCGUUCUUGUCCCCUGCACCUUCACGUACCCAGCCUCGUAUGACACCUACAAUCCCCGGACCCAGCUCUACAGAUACUGGUACAAGGAUUCGGCUGUUGUGGGCCAGAAUCCACCUGUGGCCAGCAGUGACCCCAGCCGGUGGGUGUCGCAGGAAACCCGGGACCGGUUCCAGCUGGCGGAGAAUCCAGCACCCGGCGACUGCUCCCUGCAAAUCAGCGACGCCCGAUGGACAGAUGCAGGGAGAUAUUUCCUUAGAGUCGAGGGAAGAGUUAGCUACAAUUACCACACCAGUACCGAUCGCACUGACCUUACGCUCACGAUCUCCGUGACACAGCUGACAGAGAAGCCAGAGAUCCAGAUCUCGCCGACAUGGGGGCUGCCAGGGACGCUGCUGGCUGGGGAGCCAGUGACUGUGACCUGCACAGCCCCUGGGCGCUGUUCCGGGCCCCCUCCCCAAGUCACCAUUACAGGGCCGUUCAGGAACACAGCCCGGGACGCAUCAGCCCAGCUGGCGAACGGCACCUGGGCCCGCAGCUCCGAGCUCAGCUUCACACCCUCCCUGGGGGACCACGGCAAAAAGCUCAUCUGCAGCGUCACCUACAGGCAAAGAUGGGGACCUUCCACCAGCAGAACCAUCUGGCUCCAUGUCGGCUAUCCAGUGAGGACUCCGGAAAUCACCAUCUCCAGAGCUAACAGGAGCGACCCCCAGCUAUUCCAAGACCCCAGCACCGCAGUGGGGAACGGUUCACAGCUCACAGCCCGGGAGGGCGACUCCCUGCGGUUCCUCUGCUCCAUCGCCAGCAGCCCCCCUGCCACGCUGGUCUGGGUGAGGGGGGGCCAAGCCAUUGAGGGAGCCGGCCCCAUGGAGGGGAAUCAGCUGCGGCUGGAGCUGCCCAACGUGAAGGCCGAGGACAGGGGGCUGUACGGGUGCUUGGCCCAGAACAAGGAGAGUACUGCCCAGGGGACGUUCCAGCUGCUCGUCGAGUACAGCCCCCGGCCGGGGACCAGGCUGAACUCGUCCUGCCAGCGCCAGGGGCCCAGAAUCAGCUGCAGCUGCUCCCUGCGCUCCCACCCCCCACCCCGGCUCCAGUGGCAGGUGGACGGGAAGCCCGUGGCUGGGAACGGCUCAUGGGGGGCCCUGCAGGUCAGCUCCUGGUCCCAGGGGGAUGAGGCUGUCAGCACCCUGAGCUGGACGGGGAGCGGGGACAGGGGCCCCCAGAUCUUCUGCCUCGGUUUCAACCCCCACGGGACCUACGGUGCCCUGCACUUUGACUUCAGCCCCCCACGGAGAGGUGCGGAGAAGCCUGGCAAGCUGCUGGGCGUCGGGGUGGCCUGUGGGCUGGGGGUCGCUGUCGGCAUCUUCCUUCUCGGGCUCUGUGUGCACAAGCUGCGAGGCCGGGAGCUGUCACCCCCCAGCAGUGAGCUCAGGGAGAUGGCUAACGAGAGCCAGGCCGAGCACACAGCCGACAAGGCCAGCCUGAUCUACAGUAACGUCCCCACAAUCCCCAUGGAUCACAAGACUCCAGCUGCCCGCCAGACCAAAGACGUCCAGGAUGGGGCUGCAGCAGCCCAGGCCCCGCUAGGCCCCGGGGAGCCAGAUGAGCAGUAUUACGCCUCCAUCAACUUCUCCAAGCCGCAGCACAAAGGGGGGGAGCCUCCGGAGGCCCCGGACACGGAAUAUUCCGAGGUCCAGCGGAAAUAGCCCCUUAGCAACAUGGGCCUAGGCUGGGCAUCUCCAGCCCAUCCAGUGCUGUUGGGGGAUCACAGCGAGGGGGAAAGAGGGCAAAGGGUUGGCCCAGGACUGGACCCAGGACGUGGGAAACCUGGGUGCAACUCCCUGCUCUGCCCCGGACUCAGGGCAGAGUCAACUAGGCCUUGGAGAUUCUGGAGCGCUGCAUUGUGGGGAAGUAUCCCAGAGUCCUCUGCAGCCAGGUCCCAAAGCCUGCCCCCUCCCAAACCCCACUGCCCCCGGGGGAAAGAGCCUCUGACCUCUCAGCCACAGAGAGUCUCUCUUCUACCCUGCCUGAGUCCUCACCCCCUCCUUUCACAGAUGGACAGGACUUUCAAGCUUAGGGGCAGCAGCUGGCAGGAGCGGAGGGAUGGGCUUGUGUCUAAGGUGCUGGCCUCGUGCUCAGGCUUCCUGGGUUUUAGUCCCGGCUCCACUCAAAACACUGUAGAUUGUAGAACCAA